CCCAACCUGAUAACAUGCAGUCGCUGUCCAUCCUGCUGGUCCUUGUGGCCGCCGUCGCUGCUGACAAGAUCCCAGACUUUGUGGUCCCAGGCCAGUGUCCUGCUAUUGACGAGAAUAAGCUGUGGUCCGAGCAAGUCCCAAACCACGCUAAUUAUGCUGGUGUAUGGUACGAGUUUGCACUUACUAACAACCCAUAUCAACUGAUCAACAAAUGUGUCCGCAACGAAUAUACCUUCGAUGGAAAACAGUUUGAUGUUGCGUCGACUGGUGUCACUGCUGACGGCAGUUUGUUGAAGCGCAGCGGUCAGGUCUACGCUAACCCCCUGGGUGAACCUCACCUCUCCAUUGACUUUGAAAACUCGUUCGCAGCUCCCUACGUUAUCCUGGACACUGACUACACUAACUUCGCCUGUGUAUAUUCCUGCAUCAGCUACAACUUUGAUUACCACUCAGACUUUGCUUUCAUCUUCACUCGCUCCCCAAGUCUGGCAGACAAGUUCGUGAAGCGGUGUGAAGCUGCCUUCAGGAGCAUCAAUGUUUACACUUCCCGCUUCACCAAGACCGUUCAAGGAUCCUCCUGUAAUUAUGAUGACCAGAAAACUCUUUGAAUGAUUUUAUCCAGCGAAAUUUGACCUUUAUGUCUAAUUUUCAUGUCUUAGAGGCCAAGAAAUCAUGAUCAUAUAUAUGUGAAAAAUGUUUGGAAGGACUUUUCUUUAAUGUGCAUAAAGUUACUAUUAUUUUUGUGUUCGAUAGCGCAUUUGUAUAUGUUGUACAUACAAUAUAUAUACAUAUAAAUA